CCACCCGAACUUGUGCCAAACGCCGUGAUUCUAUCCGAAUCCCCACCGAAUGCUGAAAUGUAGGUUUUGAUCCAGUCGAACGCCGCUCGCUGGUCCCUCAUGCCCAAAUUCAUCGCCUUCUGUUCCUUGAGAAUCGGCAGCCGAGCAAAACCAAAGAUGGUUACACGGUAGUUGAUAGCGACGUAGAUGACGGGUUUCCCGUCGGCCACAGCAAUAGAAAGGAGUUUGUCUGGGUCGAAAUGGGGAUCGUCGUGCGAUCCGAAGGUUCAGACAGUCUUCACUGAUUUCCGGCGUCUCUGCGAAGAAUGGUGGCAAUGCAUCCUUGAUCUGGGGGCAUGCGGGUCCAGGUGACGAGGCAUCGACGAGCGAGCCUUUUCGAGGUACGUAGAUUUCCGGAGGGGCAAAACGACGGGCUUUUGCAAACCUGAUGUUUUGAAAGUGUUCUACCUGACCGACAAGAGUUCCUUCAUAGGUGAUAUCGUCAUUCAAGACGACUCGUGGAGCAAGGGCAAACACAGAUCUACUGCAUAGAAUGCCCACUGUAAGGGUUGAAAGAGGUAGCAUAUUGAGCCAGUAAAUUGCACGCCAAAGUAUAAUACUGAAAGAUUGAGGGGAGAACGAGGGAGAAGGGCCGUGAAAAGAAGAAGAAGUGAGGCACAUUCAACGGCGUACGUGUACCGCUCAGUCGGGUCAAGCUUCACCACCGCAAUCAUGCAUAUGCAAAUAAACCGGCCAACAUAUGUCCAUCCAGGGAUGAUUGCUACGCGCGAGAAGCCCAUCCAACCCAUCGAUAAAGCUCAGCCUUCCCGACCCCCCCAUCAGUUUGCCUGAAAAUACAUACAAGAAGCCUUGCGA